UUGCAGAUGAUUCGGGUGUAGAAGUCCUCCUAAAUGCACCACCAUUUUUCCAAAAGUUUCAGGAGUUCAGAAAAAAGGGGCAGUUUGCAGAUCUUUAUGUAGAAUGUGGUAGUGAGUGCCAUUUUGUCCAUUCAUCUGUCCUUGCUGCAACAUGUCCACCAAUUUGCAUUCUUCUUGAAGCUUCACAAGUGCAUAUAAAGGAGACCUUGAACUGCAGGAGAGAAUUUCCCAAAUCUUACAACAAUGGUAUUUCAAAUAACAAACAGCAGAUGGACCAAACUUAUGUUAGAGUGGAAAAUGUUAAUUCUAACAUUACAAAACUGUUUGGUGAAGUAAGAAUGACAAGAAGUGAUAAGGAUUACAGUAAAGUAUGCUUUGCAUUAUCUGUACCUGUUAAGGAUGCCCCUGAUUCAUAUGUCAUCUUGUCUCUAUCAAAUCACGAGACUGAUUUUUGGAAUUUGUCGGUUAAAGGAAUUGAACCAGAAGUAAUGGGCCUUUUAAUUCAAUUUGUGUACUGGGAGAAAUUCAUCAUCUCAAAGACAUACAUCCAACAUUUCAUCUCCAGAUCAAAGAGUUUACAAUUGCUUGGGAGUGAGUCAGUUUGUGAGAAUCUCCAGUUUGCUAUGCCAGGAGAGAUAAGGUAUGUUGGUGUUCACGAUGAUUGCAAAACAUUGAGUCCUCCUCCCUCAGGUAUACCUUGUGCUGCUUACGGCCACAGUACUUCAAAUAUUACUGAUGAAAGGCAAAGAAGUAUGAAUAAAGCAGGAAGCAGUUCAAUUUUACAGCUGGGAAGAGAAAACAAAGCAGAGAAAGGCAUUGUACAGAGGUGUGAGGGAGAAGCCCAUGCAAGUAAUAACAAUGUCGUAACUCAGGAAACAGAAAUGAACGUUAGGAAUGACAUCAUGAUAAGACAUGAAAUGGAUAUGAAAGCAAGGAAUAACAGGAAUAUUCUAAGGCAAAGAGAAGCCAAAGCAAGCAUUGGUAUGCUAAAGAAACUAGAGGAAAGAAGAACUAAACCCAAAAUUAUCUUGCUUCAAAAACUGAAGUGUGGUUCUUUAUCACCAAUUAACAUAGCUAAUGAACAAGGAAGAAAGUUUGUAUUUAAGAUUGAUGGUGAUAAAGGUCCUAAAGAGAAGACAAAAGCUAGGCAGGGGACGAUUGUAAGACAGAAAUGGGAUGAUGAAGUUGGCAGAAAUGCAGCUUCACAUCAAGGAGAGACUCAAGGUGGGCAUGAUGCUCUACUAAGACUGCAAGUGAAUGCCGAAACUAGAGAUUUAUCUCCUCUAAAACAAGAAGAGAUUGGAGUUAGCAUGUUGUCAUCCAAGGAAGUAGUUCCUGGGAGAUUAAAAACUGUGGCAAACUCCUGUGUCACUAAAAAGAUGAAGGGCCUACAGUCUCAAAAAGUUGUGCACUCUGCUCAUAAGAGUUGCUGGUGCUCAUGCAAAGAGCAAAAUCCUAAAAGUUCACUGGAGGACAAAUCAGCAGUUUUGGAUUUUACAACUUAUGGUACAAAAGAUGGUAUAAUUCCAAAUAAUAUUGCACAUGUGAGCCAUUCCACACAUGAUGCAUAUGUUCAGAAAAAAAAUGCACCAUGGAAAAUAAACCUGAAUUUUGGAAAACCACAAGGAAUGGAACACCUUUUGGGAAUUGUUAAUGUAGGUGAGAGAACUUUUGAGAAGGGAGGCUUGCAUGAUGUGCAAAACUCUGAAUUUCUUAAAGUGAAUGAUGACACUCAUUUGUGGCUUAAUGAUGCAUGCGUUAACAUGGAAAGUAAUACCAAUAAAGUGCAUUUCCCUGCUGCUUUUAAGGAAAUGUAUAAUAUUGAAGAAGGGCAUUUUUCCAGUACAUCUUUAAACUCCAAUAUAAAAAACGCCAGACUAUCCGCAAGGAAUCAGAAGAUGUGUACAUUUAGUCAAAAUUUCAAAGCAAACAAACAAGAUGAGAAAUAUUGGAUACACAAUGAACAAUUUGACUGUAAACAAGGAAGUGCUGCUACAUUAAAUGUAAAACAAUUCGGCAGACUAUCAGGCUCUAUUAAUCCCUUGGAAAUACUUCAACAACCUUCCAACAUCUGCAGUAAAAGAAUACAUCCUGGUAACACACAACUAUCCAAUACAACACUUGGCCCUUACCAUCCACGCAUUAAGAAUAGCAAGAAGAGUUUGACUUAUUGUUCUCUUCAAGAGAAUAUGUUGAAAGAUAGAUCUACAGGAAGCAUAGAAAUUCCUAGAAUAGUUCAGAAUCAGAAUAACAGCCAAGACCAGGAAAUAAAUGUGAGUAAAAUGAAGAGACUAUGUAUAAACAGUGAUGUGGUAAAAAGGCCUCAACCUUCCAGUAAUAGUCGUAGUGAAGGAAGGUUUUUCCUUGAGCACAAAAUGUUUACCAUGGGUCAGCCCAGUGGGAAGUGUAAUCUCUUUAAUUGUACUCAGAAUAGCUCACUAAUUGUGCAUCAUAGUAAUGUGUGUAGUAAUCAAGAGCAUAAUACUGUAAGCACUUGCACACAUGAUUUUGAAUCCCACAAUUGGCAGAGUAAACCAAGUUAUAAGAAUCUGAAGGAACAAAUUAAAUAUGUGGCUGAACCUCCAAGGGAUGUUGAGACUCACUCGGGUGAUGCAGAGAAAGAUUUUAUAGUAGAAGAGUGGAAAGAUAAAGUGCCUGAAAACUGUAGGGUAGAAAUACACAUGGAAAUGAACAGCCAACAUGAGUGUAACAGUCACAAAGAGAAGCAAGUGCAGGUUAAGAUUGUUGGAACAGAUAAGGAAUGUAAGAAUUUUACAGUAAUGAAAAAGAACAACAAUGAAUUCAGAGAUAAAUGUAAGGAGAAUGCACAAGUUAAAGCAAGGCAUUAUAAAACAGGCAAUGGAAAUAGAGAUUCACAAACAGGAAAAGUUCAGACAUUGACAAGAUUUUGUGAAAAAGAAUUGCAAGAGAACAAGAGGUGUAGCCAUUUAAUUGAUGAGGUCGAUGGAGCUGUACGGAUUAAAGACAUUGGAAAGUAUGAACAGUUUGAAAAGAAUGGUUUAAAAGGGCAACCGGUUAAAGACUUCACUACUAAUGAUUCACUGCUUAAAGACAUUGAUAUAAAGUGUCCAUCAGGUGAAGAUAUUGUUGUGAAAUAUUCACCACCUAAAGACAGUGGUAUGAAGGAAACUUCAAAUAAAGAUAACAAUAUAAGAGAUUUAAGAAUUGAAGUGAAUAGUUCCUCAACUGGAAGUAACUGUGCUAGUGCCAUAGUAGACACAGACAAUGGUGUGAAUUGUUUGCCAGGUAAAGAUCUGCCUAUUAGAGACAGUGAUGGGAAAGAUCCAUCACUUGACAUUAAGGAGCCAGAUACUUCAGUUGAAGGUGAUGGCAUUAAAGAUCAACCAGUUGAAGAUGAUGGGAAGACUUCUCUAGUUGAUGAAAGUGUAAACUAUCGACCAUUUGGAAACAGUGAUUUAAAAGAUUUACAAUAUGAAGAUAGAGGUUUGAAUCAUACACUACUUACAGAUGAUAGUACGAAACAUCUGCCUGUUGAUGAGAGUAACAAGAAACAUCUGUCUGUUAAAGGCAGUUAUUUAAAAACUCCACCAGUUGACAGUUUUCAAAAGAAGUAUCUGCCAGACAAUGAACUUGGUCAAAAUAUUUCCCAAAACAGGAACGGUAUGAAAGAUCUACUAGUGAAAAAUUUAGUCUCUACAACUAUUUGUGCUGAAAAUAAUGACUUAAUGAAAACACAGCAAAAAAAGCAUCCUACUAAAGUGUGUGAAGCUGGGAGAGUUACGACUAAGGAAGAAGUAUUGAUGGUCAGAGGGAAAGAUAAGUGUCAAGAUGAUCCCAUAGUUGAGAACCCUGGUAUUGGCUGUGACGGUCAUGUAGAAGAGAGAGACUCUGCCGAGGGACAAAGUGAACUGCAAAAAACGCUGAUAGAUGAUAAGGGAAAACAUGGUGAGAGAAAUAUGCAAAUAAAUGUUGGUAAAGGCAAGGUGGAAGGAACUGAUAUAGGCAAAACACAGAUGGAGGAUGGAAAUGAUCAGGUAAAUGGUUAUCAAGAGCAAAUGCAAAUGGAUAAAUUACAUGGUGAAAAUGGAAGACAGGUAGAAGGUGGAAUGAUGAAAGGAGAGUUAAAAAAUGCUGGUAACAAGAAGACAGCAGAUAAAUCAGGAAAUAUUAGAUUGAUAAAUACCAGUAAUGAAUCACAUAUUGAAGUCAGGAACUGUCAGUGGGAAAAUAACAAUGGAAAAAGAAAGGAUGAGUUUGGGUCACGAGGAGUAAUGUUAAGUUUAGAUAAUGACAAUGUGGAGAGGAGUUACCGAUAUAAACUUCAUUCAGCUAAAAUUCUCCCAGGUCAUCAUAACAUUGUAACAAAUACAAAAGACAUUGGAAAUAUUGUACCACAGGAGCAGAUAGGUUUAGCUGAAAGAACAGCUUCUUUAGAAAAUGGAAAGAAUUAUUCCAUUAAUACAAAUGGUACGUCUUCUCAAAUUCCAAACAAAAGUUAUUCGCAUGAUCCCAUAAGUAUCGGUAAAAGCUCCAAGAUAUACCAUUUCAAGUCAAAAUCUCGGCCUCGGGUGCCGGGAGGUAACACGUCAAGGAGAGAGACGUGGAAGGAUUCAUUAAUGAUGAACCACGAGAAAAAAAAAAAGAGUGGACCCGUGGUGGAAAUAAACAGGUCUGAGGAAGUUCAUCAUUUAUCAACCAGAACACAAAAGUCACUGAAGAAAUCCAAUGAGGGUUUUCUAAAGAGAAAAGGAAAGAAAAGUAUAAGAGUAAAGAAAACCGUGUAUGUUAAGCAUGAAAAUGUUGAUAUGGCAGGGGAUACUUGCUGUCAUACUCAUGAUGUACAGUUUUCAGACUCGACUAUAACUUCCCGUAUAGAGUGUAUUAAGAAAUCUGGGGAGUAUAUCCAGAUCUCAUCACCGCGUGGAAGUGGAGAAGAUAGUAGAAGAGUUACUGAAGAAAGUUUUAUUAUGGAUGAAGAAAUGCUUCCAGAUGUUACAUGGGGUAAGUUUGAAGAUGAAAUUGAGUUCAUUGUUGUGGGAGAUACAACAAACACUGGCGGUAUGAAUGGAACUCAUGGUUAUUUAUUGUCCAGUAAAAUGUCUGCUGCACUAGGAGUUGAGUCAAUAGUUAAAAGUGAAGAGUUCUUUGCUACACCAGAGUCUCCAGGCUCACCAGUAAAUUUAAGUAAUGAGCGUAAUUUAUGGGAACAAAUAAAAUAUAAAAAUCAGAAACAUUUUGAAGCACACUUGGAAGAAAGGAGGAUUAAGAAAAUUAAAGAUUCAUUUCCAGAAAGUGUAAGGUGUGAAAAUCAUUCCAACAGAAGUCAAGCAGUGUCAUGCAGACAAGAAGGAGAAAAGUGUCCAGAAAAAGUUAUUUCCGACACACAGGAAUUACACAGCCUGAAGAGAAACUGCGCAGAGGAAGCACCAAGAGGGAAUAAUCUUGAAUCCAGUGACUUAUCAAUAAAAAGUCUCUCAAAUUCUCUUUCAAUUACAUCUCAUAAACAAGGCACAAAGGAAUCUAACAGGCAUGAAGUGAUUUCACAUGAGAGAGAAACGGUAAAUGAAUCUUGGAGUUUGGUUAUAAAUCAUGAAGGUGAUGGUCCUGGUUCAACAGGAGCCAAGUUUACAGUUGAGCUGGGGGCUAUUUCUGUAAACAAUCGAGAAUACUCGUUAAUCAGUCCUCAACAAGAUCAACGUACAUCACAAGAAGUUAUGAAGUUUGAUGUCCUGAAUAAGAGCAUUAGUUUGCAGGACACAGAGCAAUCAUGCAACAUAGAAACACAGCAAGUUAAUGAUGAGGGAGUUCAGUGCAUUAUUUGUUCAGACAUGUUUGUCACCAUUAAUGAGAUGGUGUCCCACUUCCGAGAUGCACAUAUAGAAAAUAGAUUCUUUAUGGUUUGUCCAGCUCUGAACUGUUCAGCCCGGAUAGCAAAUAAUAAAAUGAAUUCACACAUCAGGAAUCAUGUAAUCAUACAGAAGCACAAGUGUCCUCAUUGUUCCUUCUCAACAUCAGCACGAGCUUCUCUUGGGCGACAUCUUACUAUUCACAAGCAGCAGAAGUUGUUGUUCCAUAAUGAAGUUCAAGAAGGCGACUGUGACACCCAUCACCUGGGAAGGGCUCUGAGUAAUGAAUCUUUCCAUUCAGGAAGUGAAACAAAGCCUGUUCAUUGCUGUUCAAGAACAUGGUCCACAGUGAAAGACCUGCAAGACCACUUUCGGGAGUGCCACAUGCGGGAUAUUCAAAAUGUACCCUGCCUAGAUUCUGCGUGUCCUGUCAAGCUGUGGGGUUCCAACAUGGAUAGCCAUCUGCGUUGCCACAUUUUGCAAGGGGAAUACAAAUGUCAGUUGUGUACCUACUCAUCCAACAAAGCAACAGCUUUGAGAGUUCAUGGUUAUGCUCACAAUAAGGCAAGGAUGGUUGACAAGAAAUUCCCUUCAAGACAACGACAGAAAAAACUUUUGAAGAAUAAAAAACUGUCAUCACAGAAUUGCAAGAGGCACACAUUUUCUGAUAAAUUGUCUACAAAAAUUGCCAAAAAUGAUGAAAAUUUGAAAACAUUUCUUAAUGAUCUCAGAUUCAGUAAAAUGCUGUAUCAAUGUAAAAAGAAAUGUAAGAAAAGUCAUUCAACAACUUACCAAGAUGAAAAAUUAGAAUAUACAAAAUUUAUUCUGUCUCCUAAUGAAAGUUUGGAUAAAGUGACAGAGAAGUCAUAUUCUAAUACUGGUACCAGGUUAGAAAUGGAAAGUAAUGAAUCAUCAUGCCAAGAUAUACAACUAACAAGAACCAAAAAUUCACUUUUUCAUGCAUCUAAAUCAGAAAACAAAGUUGCUAAGCCUUUCCCAUCAACUCAAACAAAAAGAAAACAAGAAAACUUGUCAUCCCAAGAUUCAAAGUCAUCGGAAAAAGUCUCUUUGUCUUCACAGUCUUUCCAGAAAUACAAGUUUGGAAAGAGAGAAAGCCAGUCCUUGACAGAUGGUCAAGUAACUGAUACGACUAAAUCCAGGAAAAUAAAGAGCAAAUUGAACAUUGUAGCUCCAUCUGGAUGCAAAAGAAAAUAUUUUUUCAAGAAAAGUAAACUCGCAAAAAAAAGUUAUUCAGAAAGCAAUAAACCUGUUAAAAAUGUCUGCAGAGGUGAAAAUAAAGACUUCGGGAGAAUAGAAGAAAUCAGAAAUAUAUGUACCAUUGACAAGUCAAACAGUUCACAGACUAUCCCUGAAACUUCCAGUCAGCCACCAUGUAAAGAUGGGAAGAUUUUGACAGAGGAUGUAGAUGCUCAACAAGCACCACAGUUGGAUGGCAAGAGUAAUAACCUUGGAAACUAUAGUUGUCCUCUGUGUGUGGAUUGCUAUGAAACACCUGAUAAAUUAGUGUACCAUUAUAUAAGCUCACAUCCAUAUCACUCGCCCUAUACUUGCACGUUUGAAGGCUGUCCUGUUGUGCUGCAGAAGAGAGAUUCCUCGAGACAUCUUAUUGGACAUAUUUAUGAAAAGGCCUUCAAGUGCCCCCUUUGCUCAUAUUCUCACCAAAACCUACAUAUGUUGAAGAACCACUUAUUUUGUCACUCACAGGUUCUUGAGAAGCUUCAGCUUAAAGAAAUAGUUGAUCUACAAAUUAAAGGACCAUCAGGAGAUGUUAGUGUGUAUUUAAAUGGUGAAACUGUUAGGAAGAGGCUGAAAAGAAAAUUGAACAGUAGCAUUGAUGAUCAGAGACCUACCAAACUUCAGAAAGUGGAUGAUUCCCUUAGUGCAGAGGGCACACAAGACAUAGAGGAGCAGGGUGUACUCCAGGUCGAUGUCCCAACAGAAUGUCCAGUUUGAGGAGAACACAAAUGAUAAUUAUGGGCAAAGGAGGAGGAAGUUUACAAGACCAAGCAACCUUGAUGGAAAAGGGUAAGAAUGUAGAAGGAAAGUACAAGAUGAUACAACAAAGGCGAUGGACUGUAAACCCGUAUAUCAAGACCAGUGGUGUGAGAAAUUACCUCGGGCCUUUGUUUGGGUGUAUAAUUUAUUAGUGCGGGAAAACAAAAUGAGUAUCUUUAAUUUAUUUGUUUGAAAGAAAACAAAAUGAAUAUAUUUAAUUUAUUUGUUUGAAAGAAAAUAAAAUGAAUAUAUUUAAUUUAUUUGUUUGCAAGAAAACAAAAUGAAAAUCAUUUCAUUUCAUAUGUUAGCCAAGUUACUAGUUUAUUUCUAAAUGUUUGCUUACAGUUGGUAGUGUCAUGAUUACCAACUGCUACAUGAAUGGUCUAGUAUGUAUCAGCAGCCUAGUUAUAUCCAGGAUAUCCCCCUUGUUCUAAACUGGACCCCUCAUUUUAAAAAUAAAAUUGUUUUUGAAGGAAACAAGUGUUGUCCUUCCAAGAUCACAGUUUCCACCCCUGACUGUGCCUCCACCUUGCCCCAUUCAUAGAAGAAAUUAUUAGAUCUAACCUUCACUUUCUAUGUUUACUGCACUUGUUUGUUGAUAUAGCUGCUGGCUCCAUGUUCCCAGUUCUAACACUAACUAUAAGGAUUCAGCUAAGUUUCCUUUCUGGGUGUUGAUUAAUAGGUAAUAAAUAUUAGGCUGAGCAGUCAACUCUAGUUUAAUUGCUUUAAUUAUUCGAAAAAGCUGCUAAAUCGUGCAAGAGAUAUCCUUAAAUCAUAUAUUGUAACUAAGUAAAGUUUAAGAAAUAUUGCUCCAGCCAGAUUUGAGUUGGAGUUUCAAUAUGGAUUGACCUGAAGUUUAUGGAUUUGGAAUCAGCAUUAGACUUUUCAAUACACAUCAAUAUUAAGUUAAAAUUAAAUUUUUCUUAUUAAAUUUAUUUAUUGAGCUUA